CAUCGCCGCUAGGAGUCCAGCCACGCGGUCGCACCUUCUCCGCGAUUAUCCUCUAGUGCUCCGAUCACUACUGUGCACGCUUCCUCUCCAGAUACAUGCGCCCCAUCGCUACUUCCAUCCUCGCCCACAGUUGCCUAGGCGCCCGUCCUGGUAUACUUGCUGCGCUCCAGCCUGCCGCUCCGCCGCCCACUCGUCCAACACCUCCGCCUUGUCGUCCCCCAUGAGCUACGAUCGCUACUUGAUGAAUCUAUUCAGCCUGCACGACUUGGACUACCUCUCGCCCGACAUGCCCGACUUUGCCUCCAGUCGCGAAUGCAGCCCCAUCGCUUUCGACGCUCCCAUCCCCCCCAAGCCCACAGUCGCCGUGGCCCAGAACAGCAUGCUUCUUAAACUGCCCGACGACAUCUUCAAGUGUGUCAUGGACUAUCUCGACCGCGAUGCUGCGUGGAGUCUGAAGCGGCUUUGUAAAGGCAUGGCAAGCAGCGUGACGGUGAACCAGCUGCUGUACAAGUACCCCAUACAACUCAACGAUGUGCGCGACAUCAGGCUGGGCGACUGGAAAUACCGGAGCUUGGGCAGCAUACGGUGGACAAGCUUCAAGGAGAGCAUCAAUGAUGGGAACCGCCGACACGUGCACAAGCUAGCCAUGUCUCACUGGGCGAGCAUAGAGGACUUCAAGUGGAUAGAAGAGAAUCUACCUUGCUUGACUAGCUUGGACAUCUCCGCCAUCAAGGACUUUGUAUGGACACCGGAGGAGACUUGGACUUGGAAAAUGAUGGCCGAUGCUUGCCAUGAACUAUUUGGACGUCUGGAAGAGCUCGAGGUGGCUAACUGGGCUGACUAUACUGCGCACUCUCGAAUCGAGUACAGCUAUUCAUAUCAGGACUAUCGCUUCAAGCAGAGCUUUAGGAUAUCAAGACGACGCGAUGGAGGCUCUGUUGCAAACGCCAUUUUCCCAAUAUGUAAAAAACUGAAGACGUUGGCAAUACGAGAGCGGUACUCGGGGUUCCACACCUGGAACGAGUGGGAGGUUCAUCAGCGCGUCUGCUGUCUUGUCGAUGGCGUGCAAAAGUACUGCCCGGACACCAUGACGAAGCUGAGGGUACAUGACUACGCCCCUUACCGCUCACUCUUCUCCACCGAUGCAACAGCUUGGUCGCGUAUCAAAGAUGUUGAAAUAGGUCUAUACUCUUGGAUGGAAGACCGUCGUGACCGUGACGUGAUCGGCCCAAUUCCCUACAGGAUAACCCAAGGACAUCAUCAUCGCGAUGAAGAGGAGGCUUUUGACGACAAGACGUUCGAUGCAUGCGGGCGCGACCAUAUGAUGCUCGGAAACCAUGUCGUCCAGGGUGUUGGAGCAUCGUUCGAGGACUUGCUCCAAAGCCUCCAGACCAUUUCCAAGAAGUAUCCAAACAUCAACAUAAAACCCAUUCGGAACCUUCAGAACAUCAUACUCCACCCGUUCCACCUUGUCAAUGUCAUGCAACGGCGACAUCACUUUGGACAGACCACACAGCAAAACAAUGACCAGGCACUUAGUGACCCUAGUUCUAAGCCUGAGGUGCAGGAAGCGCUGCGAUGGCUAGCCGAGAAGUGCGCCUGGAAGCCGAUAUUGGCUUGGGAAAGCAUGAUGUGCGACGUCUUCCCUGCAAAUCUAGAGCCCAACCGAACAUUUCUACCCAAACAAGAUGUGCUUUCACGCAUAAAGACCAUGGUAUCAACCUUGCGAAGCCUCAACAUCCCUAUCCGUGUUUCCAUUGGCGACCGCACAAACAUGUGUCCUUCGUCUGGCCUCGAUGGUAGCCUAUACUUUGGUGACUACAAGACCUUCGUUGGUGACAAUGAGAACAAGCGCGAAGUGUUGCUCCCGACCCAAGCCGUCUUCAGUCUUACGCCCAUUGCCUCCAUGGUUGACGAACUCACUAUACAGUACCCUGCCGACGUGCCUGGCGUCUCCGGCUGGCUUCGCGCAGCGAAACGCCCUACCCCUGCCGAGGUGGCUCUCAUGCAACGCGAAAUGAUUGGCUGGAGACGCUUCUGGGCCCGCUAUGCUUCCCAGUUCAAGAACCUCAAGAAGUUGACAGCAAAUGUCCCCAAUGACAUCUACGAAGACUGGGGCAGAAGCGAACUGACCAAUCUUUUGGAUAACGAACGAUGGCAAAUGCUCGAAGUCGAGGAUAAACAGGACCACAAUCUUCUAGGAGGCUACUUCCCAUUCGUUAGUAGCAGUUCGUCGUCAGUCCUACGUCAGAACCUGUCUCGUCGACGCACACGCACCAAGUUCGUCCAACGGGUAUUCUUCAGGCUCGACACUGAACCCUUGGACAUUGAGUGUUUGCCUCUGGGAUUGACUGAAAAGCAGAGGGAGGAAAGGGAGAUAACUGAGGCUGAGAUAGCGGACAAACAUGUCCUGCAACAUCGCUUUUGGCCAAAGCGAGAUGGGGUCAGUGAAGAAAGACGCGAGAAACGUAAACGAGAAGAUGGUAAAGGGACUGAUAGCCAAGAAGGUGUUGAUAAGAGAACGAGGAUUGGCUGUAGCACAUACGAACGUCACGAGAGCAACGUGUAGCCUACAGUGGUAUAGGCAGACAACUCUUGCCUGCGAUGUCAAAUCAGUGUAUUGUAUAAUAGUAAUAUAAAUUAAAACAUAAUAA